CGGAAGUAGAAGCCUGUUCUCCACCGGAUAUUGUCACCAACCUGAGGUCAGCACUUCCUCUCUCACAGCCAUCUUGGAAAUAGCGUCCAGAGUCGCGACCAUGCCUGGCGAAGCAACAGAAACGGUCCCAGUCACCGAGCAGGAGAUGCAGCAGCCUCAAGCGGAGACUGCUCCACCUCCUGUCCAAGCUUCCACCAAGCACCCUCAGGUAGCCAAAGGCAAAGAUGCCAAGAGUGGGCAGGGUUCUUCUGCCCCAAAGGCUGUACCUGGCAGAAGAAAACGUUCCUCUAUGUCUGCUUCUUCUUCCUCACCUACUUCACCUAAAUCUACUCCCUCUUCUACUCCUCGGUCACCUGUGGUGUCCCCUCUUGCCUUAUCUACUGCCAGCUCUCCUGCUAAUCGUCCCACUCCAAAAGUGGUUAAGGCUGGCAAACAAGGAAAGGCUAAGAAAGGAGAGUCCUUUGAGCCUGCUCCUGUCCAGGUAGAACAUAAGGUUACUGAAGUAAAGGAAAAGCCGAAGGAGUCUGUGGCUUCUGAAGCUAAAGUGCUACCAGUUGAAAAAAAAUCUCAGGCACCUCCUGCAUUCAAAGUCACUCCAAAGCCUGCUGCUGCAGCCCCAAUUUCCUUUUCAGAUACUAUUGCUUCAAGCCCCCCAAAAUCAGGUUUCUCAAAACAACCACCUCUUACAGUUGAUGAUGAGCUCCCUCCACUUAUUCCACCUCAGAAGCCUGUUAAAGAGCCUGUCUCUGCACCUCCUGUUGCCAAAGAGACUGGAAAACCUGCUGGGUCUCCUCCUGAGCAAAAACCUCAAGGUGGAUCUUCUGGUCAAGCAGAAGUCACUAAAGCCAAGACAAGUACUGAACCCAAGCCUUUGCCCAUUGAAGCUCCUAUGGCAGCAGUCCCAGUAAAGUCUGUAGCUAAAGAGCUCAAGAAGUCUGCUGCUGGCAAGACUGGCCAGGACAAACCUGCUGGUGGGGCUGCCAAGCCAACAGAUGAGACUAAAGUGAUCUCCAAUAUGGCUACUAAACAGGCUAAGGAUGGUAAAGUUUCACAAGAUACUAAGCCAAAAGCAGGUGCAAAGUCUGCACUGGCUGAUACAGUACACCAGAAAGCUGAGCAGAUUGAUCCUAAAGAAACAGCUGCUGAGGUACCCAAACAGGCCAAACCCAUGGCCACUGAGGCACCUAAAACAGCUCCUGAGACUACUAAAAAGGCCAAACAGAAGGCUGCAGAGGCACCCAAGAAGGCAACACCCACAGUUGCUGAGGCACCUCAGCAGAAAGCUUCUGAGGCCACAAAAAUAGCUGAAACAACUCAGGAGGGCAAGGCGGCUGCCUCUGAGCCACCCAAGCAGCAGGCCAAGGUGACGGAGGCCACACCCAAGCAGCAGCAGGGCAAGGCGGCUGCCCCCGAGCCGGCGCCCAAGCAGCAGCAGGGCAAGGCGGCUGCCCCCGAGCCGGCGCCCAAGCAGCAGCAGGGCAAGGCGGCUGCCCCCGAGCCGGCGCCCAAGCAGCAGCAGGGCAAGGCGGCUGCGUUGGAGUCGCCCAAGCAGCAGGCCAAGGUGACGGAGGCCGCACCCAAACAGCAGCAGGGCAAGGCGGCUGCCCCCGAGCCGGCGCCCAAGCAGCAGCAGGGCAAGGCGGCUGCCCCCGAGCCGGCGCCCAAGCAGCAGCAGGCCAAGGUGACGGAGGCGGCACCCAAGCAGCAGCAGGGCAAGGCAGCUGCCUCUGAGCAGCCCAAGCAGCAACAGGGCAGGGCGGCUGUCCCAGAGGUGCUGCCCAUGCAGCAGCAGGCCAAGGUGACAGAGGCCGUGCCUAAGCAGCAACAGGGCAAGGCGGCUGUCCCCGAGGCGGCGCCCAAGCAGCAGCAGGCCAAGGUGACGGAGGCUGCGCCCAAGCAGCAGCAGGGCAAGACGGCUGCUCCCAAGUCGGUUGCCUCUGAUGCACCCAAAACAGCUGAGGCUCCUCAACAGAUCAAGACUGAGCCCAAAAAGGUUGAAGCCAGUGAGGCACCUAAGCAGGCUGCUCCUGAGAAACCGGCAAAGCAGAAGCCUGAUGAGGCCCCUAAAUCAGCCAAACCAACUGCUGAUACACCCUCAAAACCUGCUCCGGUUGAGCCCAUAGUUCAGCCCCCAACUCCCCGUAAACUUACUUUUGCAGAGGCAGUUGCAAAGCCAGCACCUGUUAAACCUGAGGCUGAGAAAAUCAGCGCUGCUCCCUCUAAUCAAGUCUUGUCUCCUAAGCCUGAGCCAACCUCAGCCAAGUUGGAGCCUGUCGUCAAGAUCGACAAUGGAUCUGGCACAGAGUCGGACAGUGAUGACUCGGUUCCUGAGCUGGAAGAACAGGACUCUGCACAGACACAAACACAACAAGCUCAGCUUGCAGCAGCUGCUGAGAUAGACGAGGAGCCUGUAAGCAAAGCUAAACAGAGCCGCAGUGAAAAGAAGGCAAGAAAGGCAAUGUCAAAGUUGGGGCUUAGGCAGGUAACGGGUGUCACCAGAGUCACCAUUCGCAAGUCAAAGAACAUCUUGUUCGUCAUAACCAAACCAGACGUCUACAAGAGCCCUGCAUCAGACACAUACAUCGUCUUUGGGGAAGCUAAGAUUGAAGAUCUUUCUCAGCAAGCCCAGCUGGCUGCUGCAGAAAAGUUCAAGGUACAGGGAGAAGCUACAGCAAAGAUCCAGGACAACACACAGACGCCGACAGUACAGGAGGAAAGCGAAGAGGAAGAGGUCGAUGAGACCGGAGUCGAGGUGAAGGACAUCGAACUUGUAAUGUCACAAGCCAACGUGUCGCGAGCGAAGGCUGUACGGGCCCUGAAAAACAACAAUAACGACAUUGUCAACGCUAUUAUGGAGUUGACAAUGUAAUGGGAUCCAGUCUGCAGGAUCGAAGAAAGGUUGCCGUUUAAAUCUGAACUCGUUUAUACGAUUUAUACCAAGAUGGAAAUAAAGUUGUGUCUUGAUGAAAUUAAAA